GAAGUGUUCGCGAUCUGUACUCGCAUCCAGAAUAACAGUCGGAGAAUCUAGAUUUUUAACCAUUUUGAUUGACUAUAAUUAUUAACUGUUUAUUUACUGGUACUGACUUGAAUAUCGCUUCAUUUAGAGCUCGUCUAACGUUACUAUUAACCGAGCAACAGUGAGCCGGAGGUGAGCGAACAGUCGCUAAGCAUGUAACUUAACUCAAGUCAUAAUCCAGAGCCACGCAACUUGAGCUCGGGCUGAUUAUCAGACAUUUAGUUUAGAGAUGCUGUCAUCACAUCAUUUCACUUGCAGUGGGCUGCGUAGCAUCGAUCUGUAGAUGUUGACACAUCUGGAGCUGUAAUUGGCUGGAAGAUGCAACAGUUCCCGUACGGAUCUGUGGACCGAGACAAGCCUCUCAUCCGUGUGCCUUUCACCCGGUUAGCGGUGAUCACAGUGUGUCUGCCUCUGCUCGGCCUCGUCGCCUGUAUCGUGCUGGCUCUGCUCUACCACCACAAUGAUGCGACCUACACACACUGCGAGGUUCCUAACUACCUCCCGUCCAUCAGCGCAGCCAUCAGUCUGACACCGGAGCGCUACAUCUGGCGUUUCAGCAUCGGCCUGCAUUCUGCUCCACGAUUCCUGGUAGCAGCAGCAUAUUUGAGCUUUUACCGCGGACGCUUUUCCAGGAGGCUGACGGAGCAGCUUUUGAGUGUUCUCACAUUCCUCUUAGCUUUAAGUGAAAAUGUAGGGCUGCUUCUGCUCACCUACGUCUCCUCCAAUGAGACCUACAGUGUCCAUAAGAGCGGCUUCAUCUUGUUUAUUGGCAGUUCCCUGUUCCACAUGAUGUGCACCUGCAAGCUGUGGUCCUUGAUUGCAAAGUAUUCCCUCAGUGCAGAGGAGAUGAUGUCAUACCGCCGGAAGCUCCGCCUCUUCCUCUUCAACGGUUUCUUCGGUCUGUUGGCUGCUUACUUCUACAAGCGGCACAAUGCAUACUGUGAAGCAGGAAUUUACACAUUCUUUGCUUUUUGUGAGUAUCUGGUGGUGCUGUCCAACAUGGCCUUCCACAUGACUGCCUACUGGGACUUUGGAGGUUCUGAAGCCCCACCCUGGAGUGCUGAGGAAGAAAAGAAUGAAGAGUUGAAGGCGCAGUGCAUGCUGGGACCUCUGUUUCCUGAAGGGACUGCCAGCCAUUUUCCCCACUACAAGGAAGUAAAGCCGACAAGCUGCCAGGCAACAACACCCUCAUUACUCAUAUAAGACCAGGUAUGUCUUCACACAGAACGCAUUUUUGCGUUUCACUGCACUGCUUUUGAAUAAAGUAUGACUGGUGUUCUGGAAGUAAAAAUCCCAUUCAUUUUCUGAAUAAGAGAUCAACUUUAAACGAUAACUUAGAAACCUUUAAAGACAAACCUGCUGUGAGCUAUGAGGUUGUUAAUCGUUGGUGUAUGCUUCUGUUUAAACCAUCAGCCCAUAUAACUUUUUUUUUUUAAAUCAUGUUCAAAAACAGAAUUCCUUGUAAAAAAAAAAAACUACAUUACCCAUGAUUCUGCACAAAAUAUCCACCAAUCGGAGAAUUACGACAAGCAAAUGAGGGACCACCCACUCCCAUAAAGCAUGCUCUCAAACAGUUGAGUUUAAUUACGCAUUAAACAUAAAAUAUGUUGUUUCUCCAUACACAUACAAUCAAUAUAUUUUACUUUCUCUUGUUUUCAGUUUGAUUGUCAUAUACAAUGCUUCAUGGGAUUGUAGUUCUUUCCCUCAUUAAAGCAGUUAAAUACACAUUCUUGUAUCUUUGUCUGUUUUCGAUUUUCAAAUACUUUUUUUUUGUUGCUUCAAAUCAAAAUUUGUAAUGUUGUGAUUUACCUCAUAGCUGGUUGCUUUAGUUCAUGGCUUAAAACUCUGGCUUCUGAAAAAGUAAGCAGGCACAGUUGCGCUAUAUUUUUUCUGUUGGUAUAAAUUUUCGCACACAAGCACUGUGUUUUAAAGAUGCUGUGUCAAAGUGCAUGCAGCUUGUUAGAGUCUCAAAACCCUGCUUUGUUUCCUUUACAUUCAGCUGUGUCUUGAACGUAAGAAUGCUUUCUGUGUGACCGACUACGAUAUUUAUAGGUAGUUGUUAAUUACACUACAGGCCUGUCCUCAAGGACACUCCAAUCACAGAACAAAUGCCUUGGGCAUAAAAAGCUUUAUUAUAUUAGUACUAUUCAAUUCUCAGAUAGUUUUUUUUUUUUUUGGAAAAAAUGAAGACAAAAAGAAAAAGAACUUCAUUAACCAAUAGUAUUAAUAAGUCUCCAAACACUAAAAAGGAACUAGAACCCCUUUCCUCUGAGAUGUGUUUAAGGGUUACUUCCUCUAUAUUCUUUUAUGUAUUUCUAAGAUACCAGAAGAUGGUAUCAAACUGUUUAGUGGUCUCUCCCCUUAAAAUUAUAUAAAGAAAAAUAUGUAGGGAUCUCAGUACAGUGUAAAAACCUAAUAUUUUACUUAAUCUUGUGUUUCUCUAAUUUCACAGAUUAAGGCUGUGUUUCUUGGUCACUGAAGAACUAUUAUUCCAAUCAUUCCAUAAGAUUCCCACCAUUUCUGCGUGUAAUUCAAUUAAAAUACCUCUAUCCUCUCUGUAUUUUC